GAAUACAGUGAUCAGUACAAGCCCAACCCAGCAGCUGUCUGAAGCUUAACCAAAGCUUAAACCCAAAGCAAACCAGAGGCAGAUCAGAUCAGAGCUAGUAGCAGCAAGCUCGCGAUCUCCCCCACCUUCUAGAACCUUCUAGAACCGCCGAAUGCCGCUCCACCACCACCGCCACCACCACCACUCCGCCGCCGUCGCCGUCGCCGUAGCCGACGACGACGACGAGGCCAAGCCGCGCCGCCCCUACUCCACCUUCGCCUCCCCGCGCGCGCCCACCUCCGCCUUCUCCGCCGCCUUCUCAACCCACCGCCUCCUCGUCCUCUUCUCCGUCGCCUGCCUCCUCGUCGCCGCGGCCUCCCUCGCCUUCGCCUUCUCCGCCCGCGCCGCGACCCUGCAGCCGCCGCCCCUCGCCGCCGUGGCCGAAGCCACCGCCAAGGUCGCCUUCCGCUGCGGCCGCGCCGAGGACACCCUCCGCGCCUUCCUCGCCUCCUCCUCGGGGAACUACUCCUCCGCGGCGGAGGGGAGGGAGAGGGAGAAGGUGCUCGCCGUCGUCGGGGUGCACACGGAGAUCGGAUCCGCCGCCCGCCGCGCCGCGCUCCGGGCCACCUGGUUCCCGCCCAAGCCCGAAGGCAUCGUAAGUUUGGAACAUGGAACUGGUUUAUCUUUUAGGUUUGUUGUUGGACGAACCAAAGAUAAAGAAAAAAUGGCAGAUCUUCAGAAAGAGGUAGACAUGUAUCAUGAUUUCUUGUUUGUUGAUGCUGAAGAAGAUACAAAGCCCCCACAGAAAAUGUUAGCGUUUUUCAAAGCAGCUUAUGACAUGUUCGACGCAGAUUUCUAUGUCAAAGCUGAUGAUGCUAUCUAUCUGCGCCCAGAUAGACUCGCUGCUCUUCUUGCAAAGGACAGGCUUCAUCAGCGGACAUACAUUGGUUGCAUGAAAAAGGGUCCAGUUGUCAAUGACCCAAAUAUGAAGUGGUAUGAAAGUUCGUGGGAAUUAUUAGGCAAUGAGUACUUCAGUCAUGCAUCUGGUUUACUAUAUGCUCUUUCUUCGGAGGUGGUUGGAUCUCUAGCUGCUACAAAUAAUGAUAGUUUAAGGAUGUUUGAUUACGAAGAUGUUACUAUUGGAUCAUGGAUGCUUGCCAUGAAUGUAAAGCAUGAAGACAACCGUGCAAUGUGCGAUUCGGCAUGCACUCCCACCUCCAUUGCUGUAUGGGACAGCAAGAAAUGUUCAAAUUCAUGUAACACAACUGAGAUAGUAAAGGCGCUUCACAACACUACCUUGUGCUCAAAGAGCCCUACAUUGCCACCUGAGGUGGAGGAUGAGUAGAACCUUAGUGUUAUUUUUUUUCCCGUCAACAGAUGCCAGCUUCUUGUUGCUGAGAGUUCUCCGAGAAGUGUACCAUCGCGAGAAUGAUGUAGGAUUUGUGUGCACACUCCCGAUAUUGGGAUAAGCGAACAAGACAAUAUGUAGGUUCAGGCAAAAUGUAUACUCCCGACUGAUAGAAGUGGGAACAUUUGUUGUCUUAUGUGCCAUAGCCGAUUCUGGCCAUCGAUUCUUUCACUGGCUAUGUUGUUCAUUGAUGUGUAUAUAACCAUAUAUAUACCCCAGUCUGCAUUGUUGAUCAUGAACUUCAUUUCAUGAUCAUGGAUAACUCCAGCUUAUUUGGAUUGAUGUGUUCUCAUAGAACCAGAACCCAGCUUAUGUCCGGUCGGAGUAAUAAUGACCAAUUCAUGUUGCUGAUUACACUCCUGAGAUAUGAUUAUCUGAAGUAAGGACCAAUUUAUGUUGCUGAUUACACUCC